CCCACGUGGUUUUCACUUUAAUUCUCCUGAAGCCCCGCCCUUGGUCCUCCUUUUCCAGGUAUCCCAUCCGUCUGUCCAGUUUUCUGCCCGUCCAUCUGUCUCUCCUCCAAGUUCAGUCUCUCUUGUUCACAUAUCUCUCUCUCUUGGGCUCCUCUCAUCCACAGGCUUGCUCAUCCCUCUACUCACACAGUCACCCCUCCCCUCACUCUCAUGUAUGCUUCACCUGUGAAUGGUGGUCCUGGGACAGCCACUGCUGGAGCCCGGGUGAGCCUGGGGGCUCCUCCCACUCUGUCCCUCCCUGAUGACAGCCCUCGCCACAGCUCCCGAGCCGGCCACCACGUCCCUGCAUACUUCAUCAUCACCUGUGCCACCAGAAGCCACCACAGCUUUGGGGCACAACCUGAAGUCCCUCACAGUCACCUUCCCCAUCUCCACCCUCAAGUAUUCAUCAGACAGGAGCAACGGCUCAGCCACGUUCAACUCCACUGAGAGGGUCCUGCAGAGCCUGGGGAGACCCUGGUCCCAGCAGCUCCUGGCCUGAAAAGGAUGGGGAAGCCAGCAGUGUGGACGCUGUCUGCACCUACCAUCCUGACCCCGUGGGCCAC